CACGGUCGCUUGGCGGUCGGCGCCAAACUGGAUCACGGUCGAGCGGGACCAACGGGCAGAUAGCGGGCCGUCGAGCGACGCAUAGAUGUCUGGUCUCGCUAUGCUGGCAGAAAGCAGCGCCGCCAGGUUUGUGCACAGGCAGUGCGUGGGUUUGCGUUAAUGUGGCGACACUGAUAAGACGAUUCUCCCGGAUCCACCGUUGGCAGGGCGAUGAAGGGUGACGAAAUGACGGCGCACCAAGUUUCGGAGCAGGAGCAAGUUAGAGUAAAGCUGGAGAAAGCGCGCGUCAGGAUGGGCGCAUCGCUGGCUGCCAUACCGACUGGUCGUGAGUACGACUCUCCGCCGGAUGCUGCGGACGAACCGGUGUACGACGCACUGGAGAAGGCCUAUAAUGCGGCUUUCCUGGUGCAUCCACCGGCUGAGGCGGAACAUGUGCAUAAGGAGGAGUCUAUGGUCCGACAUGAGGAGAAGUUGGAGUGAGCUGCAGCUUCAAUGAGAUUUACAUAGGUUGAAUCCUCCUGAUAGUUGUUUAUGCGUGGGUGGAACGCAGAGAUAAAGGCAGCAAGGCAGUCGAAUCUGGGCAGACAAAUGAGAGCAAGGACGACAACGAGGACGAACAGGCUUCACAUGUCGGGACGCUGAAGAGUAUGUGUCUAUCAAUAAUGGAGCAUCAUAGCAAUGAGCAACGCGAAGCGAACGAUGGACAGCUGAAAAAGGAUGUCAGCUCAGUAUUAAAAGUGCGGGAGACUGUAUCGUCAACUGGUCCAGGAUCUGAAGGAACUCACUCGGCUGGUGACGUUGGUGGAAGAAGUGAUGCCCUGGCAUCGGUUUCCGCCGACUCGGCCAUGUCAACUACUUCUCCACCACAGUCCCCAAUGUCGGCACUUAAUCGAACCUCGAGUGAAGACGGGUUUCUACCAACACCUGAACCAAAAAGGAAGACCCGCCAGAUGCCAAUGAAAGCCGACGUCGGGAAGAACAAGGUAGAGCGAGCUGACCAUCUCUCUCUUAACGAGUUCCUAGUAUCAGAACUGGAGGUAUACUGCUCCCAGUUGUUAGGAAGAGCGUUUCCGAAGCGCGGCUCUUCUGGUGCUAGUGACCUCGCUCGGAUCACUGGCCUGCAGCUUUUCCAGGACCACCAGCGAGCUCUCAUGGACUUCGACGAUGAGUGGAAAAGAUCACACGCUGAUAGCCUCCGACUCGCACCAACGACCUCUGAAGAACACACAAGGGUAUCUUCGACCAUUAGCGCAAACCCAUUUCAGCAAGGCACUGCAACACCGUUAAGCAUGGACGAAUGGGCUACGCUUUUGACGCAGAUACGAGCUUCAAGCACCAAGUCGACUCCGGCAGGGACAUCUUACCCCCCAGGAGUGGUUGUUCGCGGAGAUAGUGGAGGUCUAUUUCCCUCGUACAAACGAGGGUCGAACGGAUUGAUUGUUGGAGAAGACAGUUGCCACAACGAGCGUCUCCAGGUCGGUGCAUUUAUAGCUCAGAUUGCUUCAAGCCAACGUACUUCGGCAUUCUAUGUCGUGGUGGCUGCGGGAUCUGAUCUUGCGCGGUGGGAGAAAGCGCUAUCGUCUGAGCAGAUUAUCCAGUUGUAUCCGUACUGGGGAAGCAAGCAAGAUCGUCAGAACCUUUUACAGUUGCUGAGCAACGAGUAUUUUUCAAGGCGGAAUCUGUCGGCGCACGUUCUACUUACCAGUUACGAAGUAUUUAUGGAGGAUAUCUCGAUCGUGACUUCUCUACAGUGCCAGCUCAGCUUUAUCGAUAUCCCUGGACAAGGCACGGACGAGAUUGCAGCAAUUUGGCCACAACUCCUUUCGCUUCGCUGCCGUCAACGGUGGCUGCUUUGCCAGCCGUCGUUUAGUAUCGACGUACGAAAGUUACUCCACUUUCUCGUGCCUGAACUGUUCAGUUCACGACGGAAGCUGCUGGCGUGGAACAGUACUGCUCUCCACCCAGAUCAAAUAAGCGCAUCAUGCAACGUGGUGAAGGCAUUUAUGCUCAACUCGAAUGAGGAAGCAUGCACAGCAUUUAUGACGAAGGUGGAGUCGCGUACCAAACAAAACAGCGAGAUUGAGAUGGCUGCUUUGGAUACGCUUAACAAGCAAGGUAUCGUGAGAGCCAUAGAGCCAUCAAUUAUGGUGCCUGUGAAGCGUGUAGUGAACAGGAAAUCCCGUAAUCGUCCUAGCGGACACGUUCCGGCAAAGGGAAAACUCGAACCGGAAGAAAUCGUGAUGGAAUCUGUUGACUCGCAACUGACGAUCAAGGCUCCUAACGUUGUUAAGAAACGAAAAGGAAACGAUGGCACACCCGGUUCUCGUCAGCGGAUUGGUCGUUGCGGCAAGUGUUCUGGAUGCCUGGCGGUGGAUUGUAUGAAAUGUGGACACUGUCAGGAUAUGAAGAAGUACGGUGGACCAGGUCUCCGCAAACAGUCUUGUAAAGACCGCAAGUGCUUGAAUCCGAAAAUCUGGGGAUAUGCGACUAGAAAGAGGAAGCGCAGCAAGACGAAGCGUGCUGGAUCGGCCGAUACGAACGGUGUAAAGGGUGCCAUAGAGGUGGAUGACGAUGGCUCUGUGGCGUAUUCAUCUGUGGAAAGCGAUGGAGAGUCUGUGUCGACCGCUACGUAUGGGAACGGAGACUCGGAUGAUGAAUCUCUUCGAUAUUCUGAUUCAACGAUGGAUUCUCCGCGUGACUUGUUGCUACCGGCGAGCGAUACCUUACUGGACGAUCACUUGUCUCUCAGUGAACUAAGUUCUCGAUCUACAUCCAUAAAAUCACGUGUGGUGCGGUGUGGGGAAUGUGAGGGUUGCAAUGCUCCUGACUGUAUGAAGUGCCCUCACUGUCUUGACAUGAAGAAAUACGGAGGACCUGGACUUCGGAAACAAACGUGCAAAAACCGCAAGUGUAAUUCUCCUAAAACGCUGAUGCUGAAUAAAGCAAAGGGAGGUCACGACCAGUAUGUUGACGAGAAGGGAAACGUGGUGUACAGCGGAUUGAAUGAUGGCACAUUUCCUGGGUUCUAUGAGGCGCCAGAUAGAUCCGAAUCGGCGUCGCCUAGUGCUAGAAGCGAGUCAGGAGCACUGACCGUGAUUCAGGAAUGCAAGCGCUACGUAAAACCUCGACUGGUAUUUGCUUGCGUGGAUUGCGCUGCUCGCUUCAGCUCGAGUAGGGUGCUGAAUUUCCAUACCCGGGUAGAACACACGAAUCAAGGGAUAACUAGUACGACGGCGUUGGAGCGGGAGGCGAGUCGAAUGUUCUUGCGUCCAAUUUAUCAGAACGCCAUGAUAAGCGCUCAACUCAAGCAGCAAGAUAGAAGUUCACAGAGUUCGCCAUUGGGAUAUGCGAAGCUGGAGGGCCAAAGUUUCCAGUAUUUCUUCAUUGAGCCGUUCGUUGUUCUUGGACGCAUGGAGUCUCGCUGGUGCAGUCUUUACAAGAACAUGGGUUUUGGGAACCUCAAGGGUCUCCCUGGCGGCAUUGUUGAUUGCCACAUUGGAAAUGACAGCAUGAUUGCUACUAGACAUGCUGUGAUUUCAUGGGACGCUCACAAUGGCAGCUUUAUGAUCGAAUGCCUCAGCCUUCGGACGCCGAUUUCUGUUAACGGACGUGAGAUGAGCUUUUCGUCGCCCCCAGCAGUGCUAGGCACACGCAACUUGAUUCAGAUCGGCGCGAGCGUCUUUUACUUCCUGUUGCCAAAACCAACGAAGGCAAGAUUGACAAAUAGCGUCAAGUAAAGGAAGCAGUUGUGCUAGCCUCGUCAGUGAAGGAAUACUACCAGCACAAGUUGAAGUGGCCACAUCGUGUUUGUGAAUCUGGCACAUUCUUUUCUACCAAUCAAAUGCA